UCCGGAGCAACGCCCCGGCCCCGCCCCGCCAUGGCGCCCGAGGAGAGCACGGACACCACGCGCCUUCUGCAGAGUUUCGAGCGCCGCUUCCUGGCGGCGCGUGCACUGCGCUCCUUCCCCUGGCAGAGCCUCGAAGAGAAAUUAAGGGACUCUGGUUCUGAGCUGCUGCUGGAUAUUUUGCAGAAGACCGUGAAACAUCCUCUGUGCACGAAGCAUCCACCGUCGGUAAAGUACACCCGGUGCUUUCUCUCGGAGCUCAUCAGAAAGCAUGAAGCUGUCCACGCAGAGCCAUUGGACGAGCUGUACGAGGCAUUGGCAGAGGUCCUGACAGCCAAGGAGCCCACCCAGUGCCAUCGGAGCUAUCUGCUGCCUUCCGGAGACUCGGUCACGCUCUCUGAGAGCACAGCCAUCAUUUCCCAUGGCACCACCGGCCUGGUCACGUGGAACGCAGCUCUCUACCUUGCAGAAUGGGCCAUAGAGAACCCAGAGGCCUUCACUCACAGGACUGUCUUAGAGCUCGGGAGUGGAGCUGGCCUCACAGGCCUGGCCAUUUGCAAGAUGUGCCAUCCCAGAGCGUAUGUCUUCAGCGACUGUCACAGUCGUGUCCUCGAGCAGCUCCGAGGGAAUGUCCUUCUCAACCACCUCUCGUUGGAGCCAGACACCACCACCCCUGUGGAGCACCAAGGACACGACACCCGCCAUUCAGAGAGCCCCAGGGUGACAGUGGCCCAGCUGGAAUGGGACACUGUGACAACCCCUCAGCUCGCUGCCUUCCAACCAGACGUGGUCAUCGCAGCAGACGUGCUGUAUUCAGAAACGAUCCUCUCCCUGGUCGGGGUCCUGCAGAGGCUCUCAGCGUGCCGGAAGGACCAGCAGGCUCCUGCCGCCUAUGUUGCUUUCACCGUCCGCAACCCAGAGACGUGCCAGCUGUUCACCACCGAGAUGGGCCGGGUUGGAAUCUCAUGGGAAGCACUGCCUCGUCACGACCAGAAACUGUUUCCCUACGAAGAGCAUUCCGAGACAGCCAUUCUGAAACUAAUGCUGUAGGUUUACACACGUUUUCAAAGA